AUGGGGAGCAUGUUCAGCAUGGUCCCUCGUAACUUCCAGUCGAACAAGAAGCUGGUCGUUGUUGGUGGAGGUUACGCUGGACAGGGCGCUACUAUCUUGGCACAAGACCUUUUCACAGGAGUUACCCAAAUCGAGGCGCGCUAUGCUGGUUUGGUGCAUAAGAUUGGUGGGGUCCGUGCCUGUGUCCGGCCAGAGUGGGGUAAGCACAUGGUUAUCCCGCAGAACACUCUGUUCAAGUCAAACGUACACCAGAUCUUCAAACCGGCAGUCGGACUCGACGUGAUGAAUAGUUCGGUACUGGUGGAAGGAGGCCAAACGGUUCCCUAUGAUUAUCUGAUCAUUGCUACUGGGGCUGUCAACACUAGUCCUGCUGAUCCUCCUGUCACAUACACCAUGACGAAGCAGAUUCUCGACUUCUACGAGGAGAGCGCUAAAGCUAUUGAGGAAGCUCAAGACAUCAUGUUCAUUGGUGGUGGCCCUGUGGCUAUUGAGAUAGCUGGGGAAAUCAAACAGAAGUAUCCUAGCAAGAGGCUGAGUAUCAUCACCAAAGGGAAUCGAAUCCUCCAGCCUGGAGCACUCAAAGGCCAUGAAGGGUUUUUGCCUUCGGAAUUUAUUUCCCAAGUCGAGUCAGAGUUGAAGGAGCUUGGUGUAGGCGCUAUCUAUAUACGGUCUGGAGUGAGCACGAAAGAUAUUAAUAGGGAGCAGUUCAAGGACAAACCUUUCAUCAAGAACCCCGGAGUUGUCCACUUCUCUGAUGGCAGCUCUGCAAAACCCGAGCUGAUAUUCUGGUGUACAGGGUCCGAGCCUAACACCAGUUGGCUACGUGGUAAGGCUGGUCUACCUGAGGAUACUUUUGACCAACGUGGGCGAGUUAUAGUCGAUGAUUUCCUCCAUGUUACUGGACACCAAAACAUUUUCGCCAUUGGAGACUGCAACACAGUCAAUGAAGAGAAGAUGAUGGCCACUGCUGGUACAUACGUGGGGAAGCCACCCAACUGGCCGAAGGGUCAAGCUGAUUCGGCUCUAGAGAACAUAGUUCAACAAGAGCUGGGUGCAUCGCCGAGAAUGUAUCGACGUCCAGAUAUCAUUCAUAUGGCGAUAACGCUUGGUCAUAUGCGUGGAGUGACUACUGGGCUUCCUGCUCCAGCCGCUCAGCUGAAGAGUGAGCAGUUCUUCGUUGACCAGCAAUGGCAUUUGGCCAGGAAAGCCGAGCCUCAUCUUUACAGGCUAGAUCCUGCUGAAGAAACUGGCCAUCACUGA